UGUUACUUAGCUGUGCCAGUACGCUAGGCUUUUUGUGGUUUUUAGUGGAAAAUGUUAAAAGUAUCAACAGCAUUUUUAUGUUAGAACUGAAUUAGUCAUACACAACUGGCAUGGAUACUCUGUGAGAACUGCCCAAAAGCUCUUUCUUCUCUCUGCACAGGAAGUUGCAUCCAGAGCAGUAGCUCAGUUCUUUGGUAAGUGUAACAUGUGAGCAUUACUAGGCAUUUCAUACUGCGGUUCUGCAGCCUGCUAUUUAGAUGAUCGCUUGAUUGGAAUACUGCUAUGGGUGCAACUUUACUUCUAUUAGUGUCUUUUGUAAUUAUGUUUUUAAGGCACUAUAUCUGCAAUAACAUCUACUGCAUCAAAAAUCACAAACUAAUAGUAGUCUUUGGAUUGAGCAUGUAACCUGAAGCAACCUCCAAGGUGGCAUCGACAUAGAUCUUUGAAUGAAGAAGUUAAUUAUAUGUAGGAUCUGAUUUUUUUCCCCUUACUGCCCCCACUCUUUUUUCAUCUUACUUUGCUCUGAAUGACGCUAUAAGAAGAACUUUAUUCAUACAAUGAUGAAAAGAAGCAUUGGAGUGAUGAACUACUUCUGCGUGAAAAGUCUAAAGCAAUAAUUCAAGUGCUUAUGCUUUAGUAUUUUCCUAAAGUGCUUGUACUUGCUGUUUUUAUGCCUUUUUGGAGCAGCUAGAGCAGUGGGCUGAUGGUUGACAACAAAUAUACUGCAUUGCUUUCUGCCUGAUAGAGUGAAGCAUUCUUUGUUACUGUAUAUUAGGGAAUCUGGGUUGAACAAAGAGUAUUAUCAUUAUUGCAUUUUAUUGUCCUUUAUUGUCUGAAUUGUUACGUGUAAAGGCAUUGCGACCUAGAAGUACAUUUCAGGAAUUUUUAAAUGAAGAAAUAUUAACCUUAAAGAUCUGGUUUUGAAUAACUACAGAAAAAUAAUUUUUACUUGUGAGUUUUAGAUAUGAAGACUAACAUUUUAUUAAUUAAAAUGAAUUAUGAAUGGAAGCACUUGAUUAGUCAUGUGUGCCUUUUCUGGUAGAAAUCUGACUACUAUUAACUGGAGAUUGACCUUGUUGGACUGGGGAGAGCUGUGAUUAUCUCUGCCAGAGCAAUUGUCUUUUUCUGUACAGAAUGGUGUUAUGUUGUCUAUAACAACGAGCAUACUGUUAAGAAAAAACCUAUGUAGAAAUUAAACAAAAGCAAUGUAUUUGAUAUAAGAUAUAGAAUAUAUGCACUGUUGUAAUUUAUAUUUUAAUAUUGUUUGAACUAAGAUCAAUUCUGAAUGAUCAGUAGGAACAGAUUUUUUAUUUAUAAAAUAUUUCUUGAAAACUUUGUUAGAAAAUACAUUGUUAACUGAAUUGGCAACUAGUAAACGUAUUGGUUGUAUGAAUUAAAAAUUUGAAAAUACAGGAGUAGUUUUUGUAACUUAGGUUAGAAGAAAAGAACUUUAUGUUCUAUCUGUGUAUCACUGCAACAAGGCAAUUGCAAAUUUAAGUUGCUGUUUUUUUAAUUGAUCAAAUGAGUCGAGUGUGUAUUGUUGUUUUGGAGGAGGUGGAAGAUGAUUCUCCCACAUUUAUUUCCAAACUGCCUCAGGAAAACAUAUCUCUACAUCCUUCAGCUUCAGAGUAUGGCAUGCCACCACUUGUCCAAGCUAUAUUUAAUGGAGAUCCUGAUGAAGUUCGUGCACUAAUAUUUAAAAAAGAAGAUGUCAACUUUCAGGAUAAUGAAAAGCGGACCCCUUUACAUGCUGCUGCAUAUUUUGGAGAUGCAGAAAUUAUUGAGCUGCUUAUUUUAUCUGGAGCUAGAGUUAAUGCCAAAGAUAGCAAAUGGUUAUCUCCUUUACACAGAGCUGUUGCAACACGUAGUGAGGAUGCCGUUCAGGUGUUGUUGAAGCAUUCAGCUGAUGUCAAUGCUCGUGACAAAAACUGGCAAACACCAUUACACAUAGCAGCUACAAAGAAAGCUGUCAAGUGUGCAGAAGCUUUGGUGCCAUUACUCAGUAAUGUAAAUGUAUCAGAUCGGGCUGGUAGAACAGCAUUACAUUAUGCAGCUUUGAGUGGACAAGUUCAGAUGGUCAAUUUAUUAUUAUCUAGAGGUGCCAAUAUCAAUGCCUUUGAUAAGAAAGAUAGACGGGCUAUCCACUGGGCAGCCUAUAUGGCUCAUGGAGCAGAAGUGACGUGUAAAGACAAGAAAUCAUAUACACCAUUACAUGCUGCAGCAUCUGCUGAUAUGAUUAAUGUAGUCAAGUACCUUCUUGAUCUUGGCGUUGAUAUCAAUGAAGCAAAUGCAUACGGCAAUACACCUCUUCAUAUUGCUUGCUUCAAUGGACAAGAUAUUGUAGUAAAUGAACUAAUAGACCGUGGUGCUAAUGUAAAUCAAAUGAAUAAGAAGGGAUUUACACCUUUACAUUUUGCUGCUACAUCAACUCAUGGAGCAUUAUGUUUAGAGGUUUUGGUUGGUAAUGGUGCAGAUGUAAAUGCGAAGAGUAAAGAUGGAAAAACACCAUUACAUAUGACAGCUAUUCAUGGAAGAUUUUCAAGAUCACAAACCAUCAUCCACAAUGGAGCAGAAAUAGACUGUGAAGAUAAAAAUGGAAAUACACCAUUACACAUAGCAGCCAGAUCUGGCCAUGAACUGCUCAUUAACACACUGAUUACAAGCGGUGCUGAUACAGCAAAGCAGGGAAUACAUGGAAUGUUUCCUCUCCAUUUGGCAGCAUUAAGUGGAUUUUCAGACUGUUGCAGAAAGCUGCUUUCAUCAGGCUUUGAAAUAGAUACUUCAGAUGACUUUGGCAGGACUUGCCUUCAUGCAGCUGCAGCUGGAGGAAAUUUGGAGUGCCUUAAUCUGCUGCUCAACACAGGUGCGGAUUUUAAUAAAAAAGACAAAUUUGGAAGAACUCCACUCCACUAUGCCGCUGCCAAUUGUAAUUACAAGUGUCUGUUUGCCCUUGUGGGUUCUGGAGCUAGUGUAAAUGACCUUGAUGAAAGAGGUUGUACACCAAUACAUUAUGCAGCUGCAUCAGACACUGAUGGAAAGUGCCUGAAAUACUUACUUCGAAAUGAUGCAAACCCAGGGAUUCGAGAUAAGCAAGGUUACAAUGCCGUUCAUUAUGCUGCUGCUUAUGGGCAUCGUUUAUGCCUUGAAUUGAUUGCCAAUGAAACACCUUUAGAUGUUUUAAUGGAAACAUCAGGGUCUGACAUGCUGAAUGAUUCAGAGAACAGAGCACCAAUUAGUCCAUUGCAUUUAGCUGCCUAUCAUGGACAUCAUCAAGCUUUGGAAGUAUUAGUGCAGUCUUUGUUGGAUCUUGAUGUCCGGAACAAUAAUGGAAGAACACCUUUGGAUCUUGCAGCUUUUAAGGGACAUGUUGAAUGUGUGGAUGUACUCAUUAAUCAGGGAGCCUCUAUCUUGGUAAAAGACUAUGUUAUAAAGAGAACACCAAUACAUGCUGCUGCUACAAAUGGUCAUUCAGAAUGCUUGCGGUUGUUAAUUGGAAAUGCAGAACCACAGAAUGCUGUGGACAUUCAAGAUGGAAAUGGACAGACUCCUUUGAUGUUGUCUGUUCUUAACGGGCAUACAGAUUGUGUCUAUUCCCUCCUCAACAAAGGAGCAAAUGUAGAUGCCAAAGAUAAAUGGGGAAGAACAGCAUUACACAGAGGGGCUGUUACUGGGCAUGAGGAAUGCGUAGAAGCACUGCUUCAUCAUGGUGCAAAAGCCACCCUACGAGACUGCAGAGGACGUACACCUAUACAUUUAUCUGCUGCUUGUGGACAUAUUGGGGUAUUAGGAGCACUCUUACAAUCAUUGUCAUCUGGGGAUAUGAUACCUGCUCUGACAGACAAUCAGGGAUAUACAUCAUUGCAUUGGGCAUGUUACAAUGGUCACGACUAUUGUGUGGAAUUUCUUUUGGAUCAGGAAGUUUUUCAGAAAAUGGAAGGAAAUUCUUUCAGUCCAUUACAUUGUGCAGUGAUAAAUGAUAACGAGGGUGCUGCUGAAAUGCUAAUUGAUAUACUGGGAUCAGGAAUUGUAAAUUCUACAGAUGCAAAGGCAAGAACACCUCUCCAUGCAGCAGCCUUUACAGAUCACGUAGAGUGUUUACAGCUUUUGCUUAGCCAUAAUGCACAAGUAAACUCUGUAGAUUCUUCUGGGAAGACACCUUUAAUGAUGGCUGCAGAAAAUGGGCAAACAAAUACAGUUGGUAAGACAAAAGCUAAUUUUUAUUAUUACUGUUAGCCAAUAAUAUAUUACUGUAAAAAAACAGCAUUAGAAUCAAACAUUUUAAAUAAAAAGUACCUAGGUCAGCCCAGAAAUUCAAGCAAACAAUAUUCUCUAUUUUUUAAUAAUCGAAUUGGAUUUAUAGCUAAAAAUGUAAAGCUUUGUAUAAGCAUAUUGUUCCUUGAAGUAGAAUUAACAAAUCCGUGUAGCGAAAGUCUGACAACCUGUGGAUGACAGCAAAGAGACACAGGCAGUUCUGAUUCUUUGCUACCAUCUAAUGGUCAUUGUUGCUGGCCAGAUCUAGUAGUCUUACAUAGAGUUGUGAAAUUAAAAGAAACUGGUUAGACUUUGCUCAGAAGGUAGCUGCCCAGCCUCCACUUGAAACUGUUAUAGAUCUUUCCAUCAGCAAAUCUUUUCUUACAAUUGUACUUAAAGGUUUGUAAAUCCUUUUGAAUAUUCAGUAUCUCUGCAUAAAUUUGACCCAAAGUUAUAUAGCACACAAAUAUGUAGGUUGGAAAAUAAUCCAAAGUUACAUAUUUUCUGUGGCAAAAUUAUGGAAUAAUCUAUGAUUAUCAUUUGAAUGGGAAAUUAAAACUCUUUUAAAUAAUGAAAUGAUAAGUUUGAGUGUGAGAGAUCCUGCCUUAUUUAAAGAACAGAAUUCUGGGUAUAUUCACUAUCAAAAUCUGAUCUUCAUAACUCAGGAAUAUGGAGGUGUGCCAGGGCUGAAACAAAACAGAUUUCAGUGGAUCUCUAAAAAACAGUUGCUGGAAAGCGUGACCAAAUUGUUUACAAAGAUUUUGGAUUUGACCAGUUCAUCAUCAUCCAGAUCAUGUACAAAUGAAGGCAAUUCAACAACAUUGAAUUCUCUAAGAAUUCAACUAAGAUCACAUCAAGAGCAAAAUGUGUAGUAUUUUGGGAGAUGUUUAUCUUUAUCUGUGACUUGUACCAAGAACAUAGCACAUUUUAGGCCAUUGUGCAGAAAUACUGAAACAAACUUUUAAGCACCACUGUAUAGUGAAGUAAACCUAAAUAUACUGUAGGUAGUCCUCAGUUUUCAGUGGUAAUUGGGACCAAGAACUCUGUGGGUAAAAUACAACAUCACAAGAUAGUGGCAACUUAUGAUAGCAGUUCCAGUUGUAAAUCAUUAAGUGAAUCCCACCCAGUUAUGAAUAUGAUGACAUGUGAUUGCCAUUUGCGCCCUCUUGACAGCUUCCCCAUUGACUUUGCUUGUUGAAAGCCAGCACUGAAGGUUGCAAAUAGCAAUCAUAUGACAAUAUGAUGCUGUGACCAUCAUAAUCAUGAGCAGUUACCAAGCAUCUAAAUUGUAAUCAUAUGGGAACAUUGCAACAAAUACAAUUUUGAGGACCAGUCAUAAGUCUCCUCUUCUGACCCAAGACAUGCAAAUGGCAAUAGGUGCGAGCAGAGUAUGUUUAUUAAACAACUACCUUGCUAAAGUAAUUUCCCCAAAAAACCUCAAGUUACAAAACCCCAAACUAGUAGAUGGUCUCCAAAUGCAAGAAGUUCAAUAAGUUAAUCCCAAAACAACAGAUGUAAAACUCAGACGAGCAAUGGAACAAAGCCAAUAGGUUGUUCUACAAAUUUCAAAAGAUACAUACACCUUAUAACAAGUUCCACUAGACAGUCCAGCAGUGAGCAGUCUUAAGUUGAAGUCCCAAGAACUGCAGAACUGACAAG